UUGACGAGUGAACACAUGCGGGCUCCCCAGUUCCAGUCACGUGAACGGUUUUCAACGCCGGUAUCGUAGAAAGUGGUGCCGAAAGAGGAGACAAAUAACAAUAAUAAAAGUACGAUCGUGUGGUCCGAUCAGCUGGUUGUGGGUGGUGAAGCCGUUCUUCGCGAGUGAUUCCUCGGAGAUGAGGUGCGUUUCCCUCAUUAGGAGCGCUUAGAUCGCGUGGAAGUUAGGAGCAUCGAUGCGACGCCCAGAAUGGAAGAAAGUGCGCGGGCGAUUAAGUGCAAAAACGCCAUUAAAAAUAUAAAAUAAAUCGAAUUAAGUAUGUUAAUCGUCUGAUAAAUGGGCCGGGGCUGAGACUUGUUUGUUUGUGGUAGAUGUUUUUGCUCCGUUAAUGGUCGUUCGAAGGAGAAAGAAAUUGCCGCAUUAUCUUAAGACCCUUUGGGCUGUGUGGAGGAAGCCAGCUGCUUGAAGACCGGAGCUACUCAUGAUAGAGCCGAAUGGUUGAGUUUUUUUAUAUUAAACAGAUAAAACGGGACAAGAACAAGCGAAUUAAAUAAAUAUAUGCGGACAGCGCUGUAGAUUGACUCGGGGGAGAACCGCCGACUGACAGAGGGACAUAAGGUGCAGCAUAAAUUCAGUUUACGUGUGCAGUUACGAGGACUGAAUGCCUUCUGAAUGGGUUGCCGCUGACGGGAUCAAAGCCCCAGAGGGAAUUCAACUGUGUAAACAAUAAAUAGCUUGUAUGGAAUAUUAAAAUUCUCCUAGGUUGGUGGAAUCUUUGCUGUACGAUCGUGUAAUUGUUUUCUAUGUGUUUGAAAUACUAAAUGAAGAAGCCGAAAUGCGGGAGUAGUGAAGUGACCUCAUAAGAACGGUGUCUCAUAAAACAAAAAUACAGUAAAGCACAGAGAUAGAGAGAGCUUGUAUGGGAAUUAGCUCAUUAAUAAGAAGAAACUGCGCCCACGAGGAAGAGUUUGAAUCAGUGUUGCUCGUAUCCUCCAUCUACGGUGUGCUUGCUCGUUGUGAUCCAACUUCAUUCUUGCAGCCAAGUGAAGAAAGAAAGAAGAAUUAGUUCUGCACCUGGAACGGAAGAUUAUCAUCUACCUUUCAACGUUCUGCGGACGUGGGAUCGACGUUGCCAGCCAACAUUAUAAAGGUGUUCAAGAACAUCAUCAAUUGGUCGGCGUAUUCUCGUGCCAAAGUGGAUAUUUUGAUUGUUAUCGACAAAGUGUGGCGCUCAGCUGAACCAUUCUCGAGUGGUUGUUAAUAUUGCGAUAGCCGAAGCUGAAGCAGAUGCUGAACGAUCAUCAUUUAUCAUCAAGUUGUGUGAACUUCAAUCCUAGGACGAUUCCACGCGUUCCACCUUAUCAAGAUGAAGCAGUUCAUAGUGGCCCAGCGUAGUUCCGCGAACUGAGUGACACUGGGAGUGCGAUUCUCAGUUUUAUGAAAAUUGUACGAAAGCUAAACAGAGCUUAAAGCGUAGAGUAGUAACAUACCAUCCGGUUAGCCAGUGCGGCGUGGUGGUGCCCUGGAGCUAUCCGAAAAACCAUCUCCAGCUCAUGGUGAUCGCGUGUGUGCUCUUGUGGUGAAAAAUCGGCGGUGCGUGAGAGUAAGUGUUGGUUUCCGCGCGCGUUCGAGGGAACUGGGCUGGAAAGCGUUACAAAGCAUCAAAUCGAACCUAGCGAAUACAUGUAAAGGGAAAAGUGUAUUCGAUUUCUCUGGGCCGCUAAUGACGACAGUCGGGGAAAAAGGAGAAGAAGCUGCAGCAGUUGUAAUCAGUGAAGGGAACCUCAACGAGUGGAUAAAUAGUUUCUAAAUAAAUGAGAUAACAAUGCCUGCAGGGUAUCGAGCGAACGGGAUCAUUCAUCCCUCCAAUGGUCAUAUAAGUGAAUUUUCUGCGUACGACAACAAAGGAUUCCAAAGCAAUGGCGGCCCCAAAGUACGAUCCUGGAUAAAUGGUUCAGCAGAUCAUCAAUCAACGCUGUCCAGGCCUCGUUCGGCCGAAGUAAUAACUGCUAACGGGCACAAUGGAACAAUUCCAAAUGGUCGACCUCAUAAUGGUAUCAACGGUAUGAAUGGCAUUAACGGUAUCAAUUGCAUGAACGGCAUAAACGGAAUAAACGGAGGACCCAAUGGAGUUGUCACGCGAGGACCUGGAGGAUUGCACGAAGAUCUUGAGUUCCCUCCUUCCACGAGAACCCUCUCGAAAAAGAAGCAGAUUGUUUGGAUGAGACCACAUGAUAUGUGCGGACGGCCUAUGUUCCGACUUUCCCCACCGGGCUUACCCUUGUCGGCACGAGAGCUUCCAGAACCAGUCGGCCCUGGUGAUCCCAGUCUGACGGCGGCUUUGGGAUGUCUAUCGCAACUCCCCCGGCUUCUGGAACGAGUCGUGCCACCAGAACAGACAUUCGAUACCUCCAACGGAUACUGUGGAAUGUUCAAAUUCCGCUUCUGGCAGUGGGGUAAAUGGGUUGAGGUGCGAGUGGACGAUCGAUUGCCUACGCGGGGAGACCGACCGGCACACAUGCAUUGUGCCCAGCCGGAUGUUUUCUGGGCAUCACUACUGGAGAAAGCUUAUGCCAAAUUGUACGGGGGAUAUGCCUUCCUUAAGUUCGGAACAGUGGGGCGUGCCUUGCAGGACCUCACGGGAGCAGUUGUCCAAAGUGUACCACCGAGUGGACCCUUGUUGGGUGGAGCCGUGCCAAGAUCAACGUUAUUAGUAGCAAUUAGUGGAUUGGAAAAGGAAACCAAACGACGGCGAUCGGGAUUGCUGUCCGAGCAUCCAUACAGUGUAACGGGUCUUGCUAGGGUACGUGCCAAUUCCUCCGAUUCUUCUCAAACCAGUGGACAAUCAGGUGAUACCAGUCUGAUACGGUUGCGUAGCCCUUGGAUAGGUGGAGAAUGGGGAGGAGUCUGGUGCGGUGCCUGGUCAGAACGUAGCUGGGAGUGGAAUGCUCUUAACGAACGUGACCGGGAGCUACUGUCGUCUAGAUCAUCGAACGAUUGCGAGUUUUGGAUGUCUGUUAGUGAGUUUUUGUCCAGAUUUGUGGUCAUUUGGUUAGCCCAUAUCGGACCAGACGAUUGGGCGUUAGAACCGGGCUUGCACACACGAACACCAUGGAGGGCAGCUUUAGCGGUUCGACAGUGGCGAGCCGGAUUCAAUGCAGGAGGUCCUCACAAAUUCAUCGAAACGACUGCAACGAACCCACAGUUCAGAAUACGGGUACCGGCAGGACAUCCAGCUAAGGCUCACGUAGUUGUUGCUGUGUCUCAAAAGUACGAAUGCUACAGAAGUCGAAACUUUGAAGAUGAAGAAAUUGGGUUUACGAUAUACGAGGUUCCACCGGGUAUGCAACGGGUAACUCCGCAAUAUGUCAGCGAGCAGAUGCCUUUGGAUUUUGCACCUCUGUCGAACCUUCGGGAGAUUGCCACAUUUUUUGCAUUGCCGGCCGGAGAUUUCGUCGUUAUGCCACAUUCUCAGCAGCACAGGGAAGGUCGAUUUCUUUUGCGAAUCUUCGCUGAUCAACAUACCGAUGUUUGGGAAGUAAAUGAAGAAAAUUUAGUGAUUCAUAACAUUGCAGCUGAAUUCUGCGAUGAACGAACAAUUGAUGCUAGAAUUUUAUACAAGCUACGCUCAAGGUACCCUCAUGAAAUAGACUCAACACAACUGCAAGCUAUCCUCAAAGCGCACGGCGGUAACAAUCGUGGAUUCCGGGGUCUUGGUGGAAUUAAUUGUGGUCCAUCAUUGGAGCUAUGUCGUGGCAUGCUUGCCCUUCGGGAUCCCGCUCUAGGGGGUCGAUUAUCGAUUGAGCAUGUUCCUGCUCUGAUAGGGCUGAUGCGGUUCUGGAAGGCAGCUUUCCGACGAUGUGGACCAUCGUCAUCUGGCACGGCCACCCUAAGCCGCGGCAUAUGGGCUUCCAAGGUAUCCUCGUAUUGUCUACGAGGUUUGCUGUGGGCAGGAGGGGCCACAGCUAGCAAUAAGGUACUGGAAGCAUUAGUCAGUAGGUUUACGCGGAAUCGACAAAUCACAUUAGAAGGGUAUUUACUGUCGAUGGCAAGACUACAUUUAGCUCAUGAACGAUACCACAGCCUGGAUGCCAAAGCAAAAGCUAGCCCAUUAUCAUUAGAAGAGAUGAUUCUAAUGACGAUUUAUUCGUAACCUGACGAACGAAGCGACAAAAAUACAGCACAAUCAAAAAUUAGAAAGUGAACCAAAGACGACGACUAAACUGUUGGCACACUGUCACCUAGCUGAGAAAGCAAUGCAAACUUCCACGGCGUUUAGGACUUUUAAUACUGUUAGAAACUUCUUUGAAAACUCUAACGUUCCAACCCAUCCUUAUAGUGAUAUUCAACUAACUGGUGAGAUAUAAAUAUAUUGUUAAAAUUGAAAUUCUGGACCGAGUAUCGUGAAGCGAAAGUAUUAUCAGAAUAAAAAAUUUCACCGAAACCAUAUUAAUUUAUAAUACUUUAGUCUAGAUCGUAAACAAAAAUAAUUAUCACUUAUUAUUAUAGCAUGAGUAUAAAACCUUUAGCAAAAAAUUGUUAUUAUUGAAUAAACGUUAUAUAUUUACUAAUUUACUCA